GCUUUGUUGCCCUAUUUGUUCCUAUCACUAGGCUAACAGAAACCGAUAUAAUCAAUGACGAAAGCUUUUUAUAAACGUGCUUCAGUGACAGGAAACAACAGUUAUCGAGGUAGUAAAGACUCAAACCGGUUCGACAGUUUCCUUAAGUUGGAAGCCUUUAUGGUGAAUAAUGGAAUGCUAUGGACUCUACUGCUAUUUAUCGCUUGUAUGGAUAUCAUUGGUUUUCUUGCCGGUGUAUUUAAUAUGAUUACGGCAACACAACAGCACAUCAUCACGAUCCCUUUCUUGGAAAGAUCCUUACCUGUAGCAAAGGGAGCUGGUAGAGUAAUAAGUAUCAAUGCCGCUCUCUUACUUUUAACGGGAUGCAAAGCAACUAUUACGUGGCUACGAUCGACUUUUGUUUCUUGUCUAUUACCCAUUGACAAACUUAUGCCAUUUCUUCAUAUUCGUCUCUACCUUAUCAUAGCCUUUUGUGCAGCUCUGCAUGCCAUAACCCAAUAUGUCAACUAUAUUACAGGCUCCUUUCCUUGGGUGUUUGGUUUAUGGACUUAUCAUUUCCCAGACCCCACAGUUCAACUCUUGAUAACUGGUACCUUGCUAGUUAUUUUAAUGACAGCCAUAGCAGUUACUGCAGGACCAUGGAUUCGUCGCUCUGUGAAUAGAGGCUACAAUAUUUUUUGGACUGUACAUAUAGUUGGCUUUUCUUGUGUUUAUCCGUUGUUGAUUCUUCACGGUGUACUCUUAGGCACUCCAGACACGUGGAAAUAUAUUCUCGGACCUUUGGUUCUUUAUGUCAUAGACGUCUUAUAUCGUGCAAGAGCUGUGAGCUUUAAAGGUCUAUCUGUCGUUUGUUGGUUGAAUCCAUCUUCUGAAGGAGUUACGGAAUUGGUGAUGAAACGACCAUUUGCUUACAAAGCAGGUCAGUACGUGCAGAUUAGAAUUCCCGUCGUGUCUCGAUGGGAAUAUCAUCCUUUGUCAAUUGCGAGUGCUCCUCACGAGGAAUAUCUUAGAAUAUUUAUCAAAUCUUCCGGUGAUUGGAGCUCCCUUGUUUACAAAGUCUCGGAAGAAUUGCAAAGUGACUCGUUUGCCUUUUCCGACGCUGCUUCCCAAGUUGAUGCUCGGGGUUUCACUAUUGUUAAUGUGAGAGGUCCUUUUGGAGCACCUACAGAACAUGUCAAAGACUUUUCCAAAGUCGUCUUAGUCGGUACUGGAAUAGGAGCUACUCCCUUUUCUAGUGUUGUACGGGAAUAUCUUCACGCAAAUAGUAAAGAAGAUCAAGCUGCUAAAAGAGUUCAUCAAACAGUUUUAAACUUAUCCCAGUUAGAGAAGCCAAGCAGUGCUUUGGUAAAAGAUACAAAGGAUCAUAAUAAUAAUUCUCCUUCGCUGAGAAAAGUGGAAACUCUGUUACCGUCGUUUUUUAUGAAUAUGACUCAAUUGGCUUAUCGAGGUAUUGUUGAUCCAUUUUUAGUGUUUUUCAAAAGAACUUCUAUAAGCUUUAAGAGUGAAAAUGCCUGUGCAUGCGCGUUUUUGGGUUUUUUCCAUAGCUUAUCUUUGAACUUUAUGGUAUUAUGGAUGAUGAUGAUUGCAGGGAGCAUUCGUGUGGCAUUUGUCUUGUUUGGUUAUCAUGGUCAAUAUUCCUCAGCUAUUUGGGGUCUUGUAGUCAGUGUUAUCAUUCUAUUCGUCUUCGGUUUUUCUCUAUUUAUUGCUAUUCGUUCUCUUGGUUGGAAAUAUUGGAAGACAGCAAUUGGAGUUUUGGAUUCUCUGGCAUUCUUCAUUGGACUUGCUUUAUUCAUUUGUGUAUUUGUUUGCAUUGCUAGCUGGGGUACCAAGAGCGUUUGGACUAUAGAGAAAGUUUUAAACUACUUGACGUUCUAUUGUUUGAUUCCAGUCGUUGGAAUUCGUGCAUUGCUACUUAUUGUCAAUGGAUGUGGAGGAUUCAAAUGGAAACGGUCAGCCAAAAGUAACUUGAAAACGGAAUGUUCAAAGUCACUCCAUUUCAUUUGGGUGAGCAGAACAGUUCAUGGUUUUCACUGGUUCUUUCGAGACUUUGAACGAAUAGUUUCGGAAGGCAGUAGUGUACAAGUACAAAUGGAUAUCUUUGUGACCGGAGUGACAAGUGACAUUACUCUGCCUGAAAACUCAUCCAAGAUUCGCUAUCACAUCGGAAGACCACAAUGGGAUAGUUUAUUUUCCAGUAUGUUUGAGAGUGAAGAGUUUAUUCGGGAUCAAGAGCCAGUUGGUGUAUUCUUUUGCGGUGCUCCAGCAGUCGGUCGAAUAGUUAAAGCUGCAGCCAAUGAGGCCUCGCUUCAGGCAGCAAGACGACAAUAUGUAACUGGUAAUCGAUGCUUUCCUAAAAUAAUUUUCCACAAGGAAUAUUUUUAAACAAGAGCAAACCCGCUGUGAUGGAUACAAAU